AUGUUGGACCUUCUGCCUCCGGAGAUCCUCCACCUCAUUGCAGCCCAGCUGCCGCGCGCCAAGGACCUGGCAAGCCUGGCCAAAACCUGCCGCCGCCUGCAUGAGGUCGUUGGGCCCGAGGACUGGCACAAGUUCGUGGCGACCAAGUUCCCUGGCGUCGAGACUCCUCCUCUGGGAGUGGAAGCCGCCCAGGCCCUCACGUCUCGCGCUCGAGCUGUCGACAAGCACGCGGUGGUUGGACGAUUCCUCUAUCCCCGUCCGGACGCGCUGAGGCUUGGCGGAGAACGCGCUCUGCGACGCGACAAUCCCACGCACGGAUAUCGCCCGGCCCUGGACUCGUACGAAGUGUGGCACGGCCCAUCCUGGAACGAUCGGAGGGAAGUCCUGGCCUGGGGCGCGGCCGACGAGUUGUUUCUGCGCGUCACGCAGUCCGGUGCCAAUACCCGCGAGAAAUGGGUGGCGUUCAAUGACCUGGAUCACAGCAGCAGCCUGGAUGACAUCUGCGGGGUCCAUCUCCUGCGUCCCGAGCAUCCGGCCAAGGAGUCCCAGAAGGAGCAUGUUAUCUUUGCCCGCAUGCGUGGCGAGCUGGUUCAUAUCUCGAUCGACCCGGAAGACGCGUCCCUCCAGUACCGUCAACGAUUCUUCACUGCUGGCGACAUCGAAUGUACUGAUCUGGGCCCCGGCAAGGAUCCGGUUCUCUCUGCCCACCAGAGCGAUGGAUCGGUCUUUCUCUUCCCCACUACGUCGGACGAGGACAAAGUAUGGCCCUUUGCUCGCCUCAAGCUUGAUAACGACAACCUCAGCCGCAACAGAUACUCCAAGUUUCUCUCGCCCAGCUUGUUUGCGGUUGGUACCGGUGGCAUCGACGAUGCAAUCGCCAUCUCCGUCCUCAGCCAGGAACGGGUCUCGCUGAGUCGAGAGCUCAGUGCCGAGGACGUGGAUUUCGAGAGAUGGAGUUUCGAUGUGCCUAUCAAAUCCCACGUCAACGCCAUUGCCCCUCUCGAGGCUACGGGCAACGUUUUUCUUGCAUCCUGGGGAGAUCGAGCGGUCAGACUUCACGACCUCCGCUCCAACAGUGACUUCGAACAAGCCUACCGCGACACGACGGAUCCGAACCCCAUCUACUGCGUGCAGCCCUUCGGCCACAACGGCUUCGUCGUCGGCUCCGGCGGCAACGCUCUGGUCAAGUUCUUCGAUCUCCGAAUGACCAAAACCGAAACCUACAGCUACCGCGACCCCCACCCUGGCCCUUCCCCAGCUACUGGCAACCCCAACUCAAUCACCACCGGCCUCGCCGAUCUCUCCCUCGCAUCAGUCCAUGGCCUCAGUCAUCCCCGCAAGGGAUUCAACAUCUUCCUCUCCCACCCGCCCCCCUCCAGCUUCAUCCGAGCCACGCGCGCCCGCCGCAUCGCCCGCCCCUACCGCGGCGCAAUCUACACCAUGAGCAGCCCGUCCCCAUCCUCGCCGACCAUCUACACCGGUAUUGCGGAUGGCGUCGUCCGACUGGACUUUGUCUCGACGGACGACCUCUACGGCCCGUGCAAGGAGUGGUACCGCAACCCGCUGAUGCUCGAUCCCGGCAACGUUAGCGACUGGAAUCAGCCCGAUCGCGUCUUGGAGGUAGCGGGGUACGACCGGCCUGAGACUUUGAGUGCUUCGCUGGCGCUGCGCUCGCAGGUCCCGUUUGUGACCAUCAACGAGGAGAACAUUGAUGACGAGCAGAGAACUGGUUGGGAUCGUCGCUGGGAGAAAAUUCCUGAGUCGGGUGCUUGGAGAAGACGGUAG